AUGCUAAUACUUUUACCGAUAUUUUUCCCGCUUGUCGCUUUAUUACUAGCUGUCGUCAUCGUACUGGCAAUAUUCGGAAAAUCGUUGGGAAUUCGAGAGUGGUAUGUCGAUGUGCUGACGAGGAUAUUUGAGUGGGGCUCGGCUAUCGAAGCCUAUGAAGCACCCGCUGAAGUGGAUGACGAAGAACCAGGAACGGGACGCAGGAAAUUGCGACGAUCCUCGAGUAGCGAUAUCGGUAUCAUUGUGCGUGAAAAAUCCACAUUUGUCGAGUCAAAGCUCGAUGGCAACGAACCAGAGGAAAAUCAGCAAAAGACAGUUCGAGUGAUCGUCAACGAUAGUCUCGAUUUUGCGACGGCAGGGAUGGAGGCGAUUAUUGAAGAUCAAGUUACCAGCCGAUUUAAGGCCGAGGAGUUAUCAUCUUGGAAUUUAUUGACCAGGACUCGGUUUUCUUUCCAUCACAUCAGCUGGAAGCUAUCCGCACUCUGGGUAGGCGGCUUCUUCCUGCGCUACUUCAUCCUCGUUCCACUUCGAGUUGUCAUUUUUGCUGUCGGAUUCUCGAUGAUGGCCGGAUCGUGCUUUAUCAUCGGCAUGAUUCCGCAUAAAAAGAUCCGAAAAUUUGCCUACAAACACGCGAUGCUGAUGUCACAACGGAUCGUGGCGAGGAGUUUCUCAUCGAUCAUUCGAUUCCAUAAUCAAGAAAACCGAGCGAAUCAGGGUGGGAUCUGCGUAGCCAACCAUACUUCCCCGAUUGACGUCUUGAUACUAAGUACGGACAACUGUUACGCUAUGAUUGGACAGAAACAGGGAGGAAUUUUAGGUUUCAUGCAAACGGCCCUCAGCAAAGCGGAGCACCACAUUUGGUUUGAGAGAAGCGAGGCCGGGGAUAGGAAAAAAGUUACUGAUCGACUACGCGCACACACUAAUGACCCGUCAAAGUUACCGAUUAUCAUCUUCCCCGAGGGUACCUGUAUAAAUAAUACAAGUGUGAUGAUGUUUAAGAAAGGAUCUUUCGAGAUUGGCUCUACAAUCUAUCCGAUCGCUAUGAAAUAUGAUAGCCGACUUACGGACGCCUUUUGGAACUCGUCGGAACAGUCUUAUGGCGAGUAUCUCUGGAGAAUGAUGACUUCGUGGGCUAUUAUUUGUGACGUAUGGUAUCUACCAAAAAUGACGCGAAAGGAUGACGAGGACGCGAUCGCCUUUUCUCGCCGUGUCAAACGGGCAAUCGCCCACAAGGGAGGAUUGGUGGAUUUGGAGUGGGAUGGAAUGUUGAAAAGGGAGAGGGUAUCCUCAAAGCUCGUGCAAAUGUAUCAAAAACGAUACUUUGAUCGGCUGCAGCGGACAACGUCUAUUGGCCAAAUUACUGAAAAUGAGAGCGAAGCAUUGGAAGUUAUGCAGAAUCUAAAUGACGAAGAGCGGGAAUUAUUACUCAAGGAGCUUGACGAUUCGAUGGAUGAGGCGACGCUUAUUAAAAAGGUCAGCGAAUACGGGCCAAUCAUCAGAAAACGACUUCAAAGCUCCGCGGGGAGCAGUCAAAGCCAGAGUUCC